CCUGAUGCUGUCGACUCACUUCCUGGUUACGCAUGGAGGAAACACUGUUAUUGGAUACGGAAUCGUGAAGUUUCUUACUAAAGUAUUUACCCCAGUUAUAACGUGUGCAUUAAUAACCAGGUUCGAUUUGAACCCGAGCACUUAUGCGGCUUGUUAUUACUAGACAAACUAGGAAAUGAAACGGUUUAACGAUACCGAUGGUAACAUAAGAAGUGAUGUCUGAUGGGAAGUGAGGACGUGAGCGCCACGUCACUGCAGGAAACCCCACUUACACACAGGGACCUGUCUGGAUUUACAUCAGAAUAAAAACAAAGGCUACAACUCUGUACCAGUGCUGAUUGUCUGUCCCAAAACACUCGAGUAUAAAGACUGUAUAAACCCUUGAAGGAAGCUAACAUGACGUCGUCUAAUUGGGGUUUAAUAACGAACGUGGUAAACAGCAUUGUAGGAGUCAGCGUGCUGACCAUGCCUUUCUGCUUCAAACAGUGUGGUAUAGUGCUAGGCACUCUGUUGCUUGUCUUCUGCUCAUGGAUGACCCAUCAGUCCUGCAUGUUUCUGGUCCAUGCAGCUAGCAACACUAAGCGCAGGACUUAUGCUGGACUGGCUUUUCAUGCGUUUGGUAAACCAGGAAAGGCACUUGUGGAGCUGAGUAUGAUAGGCCUAAUGCUUGGAACAUGCAUUGCAUUCUACGUGGUCAUUGCAGACCUUGGUUCAAACUUCUUUGCCCAACUUUUAGGCCUCCAGGUGACACGCAGUUUCCGUGUCCUGUUGCUCAUUGCUGUGUCACUCUUCAUCGUGCUACCUCUGAGUCUGCAGAGGAACAUGAUGUCAUCUAUCCAGUCGUUUUCAGCCAUGGCACUGAUGUUCUACACGCUCUUUAUGUUUACGAUAGUGUUGUCCUCUCUGCGUUACGGCAUUAUCAGUGGGUCAUGGGUGGACAGCGUGCAUCUGUGGCGCAUCAAGGGGGUCGUGCAAUGUCUGCCAAUUAUCGCCACUACCUUCUGCUGCCACCCAUCGUGCUGUCAUCCUUCAAACAUGGCCUCCUCAGUGGCCUGUGGCUCAGCAGGGUCAUUUACGUACGCUGGGACGGCGUCUUUCGCUGCAUCCCUAUCUGUGGCAUGGCAUUCGCCUGUCAGUCGCAGGUGUUGCCAACCUACGACAGCCUUGAUGAGCCUUCCGUCAAAAGAAUGAGCACCAUCUUCACAUCUUCUCUCAACGUUGUCACCACCUUUUACAUCACAGUGGGGUUCUUUGGCUAUGUAAGUUUUACAGACACCAUAGAGGGGAAUGUGCUGAUGAACUUUCCCUCUAACCUUGUGACGGAGAUGAUCCGAGUGGGCUUCAUGAUGUCGGUGGCCGUGGGAUUCCCCAUGAUGAUCCUGCCCUGCAGGCAGGCCAUCAACACCAUGCUAUUUGAGCAGCAGCAGAAGGAUGGCACGUUUGCUGCCGGUGGGUACAUGCCGCCGCUUCGCUUCAAGAGCAUUACCCUGUGUAUCGUCUUCGGCACUAUGCUGGGCGGUAUCCUCAUCCCUAAUGUGGAGACAAUCCUAGGUCUGACCGGAGCCACUAUGGGCAGCUUGAUCUGCUUCAUUUGCCCUGCUCUCAUAUACAGAAAGAUCAUGAAGAAUGGCCUUGCUGCUCAGCUGGUUCUGUUGGUUGGGCUUGGGAUUCUACUCUUAAGCACCUUCACCACUUUGUCCAACUCCAGUGAGCCAGAUAAAGUACAGCCUCCCGCUAUCGUCCCUGAUACUAAUGACAAACCGCCCGUUGUCGCUGUGCCAGAGCUGCCCAAACAUCCUGCUGAUCAAACCCCUGUAGCACCAGAUGUAGCAGGAAAACCAGACAAACCUAAUCUGGCUGUGGACCAGAUCCCUCCCGCAGAGGAGGUAAAGCGCACAGAGGAAAAGGAGCCACGGAUAAACGUACCUAUGGAAGUGCCUGAGAGGAAGAACGAGGAGGUUCAACUGGACCGUCCUGGACAAGAAGUUGCAGUGCCUGAUGGUGAGGCUCACCGCCAUGAACCACCCAACCCUCAUGACGAGGUUCACAUAGAGAAGCGCAAGAACCAGCAGGAGCUCAAUGAAGAAAACAAUCAAGUUCCUGCAAAGGUGGAGGAAGAGAUGGCAGAACAGGGGGCAGGCCAGCAGCAGGAGCUGGCAGAAGAUAGAGGGAAGAAUGAGGUGGUGCAGAAAAAGCAAGAUGCUGCAAAGGUCCAUGUGGCCCAGGACCUGUCAAAUGAGAUCCAUGAGAAGGUAGAAGAACAGAAGCAGCCAGAGGUAGUGAAGGAGCAGGAAGCUGAGAACAGACUGCAAGGUGUUAAGAAAUCAGAGGACAACGAUAAACAAUUCGCAGACUCCCAGCCUCUUAAACACCCUGACCCAGCAGGCCAUUUGGCUGAGGUGAACGGUGUGGCUGCCAGUCAAGAGCAUAAAGAAGAGAAAAAAACGGAUGGGAAGGACACCAAGGAAGGAGAUGGAGACAAGAUGGAAGUGAUUAAAAAGAUUGUCGCAGAGGGAGCGUUGGACCAUGCUGUGCUACUGCAGGUAAUCAAAGAGCAGCAAGAGCAGCAGAAGAGGCUGCUAGACCAACAGGAGAAACUCCUGGCUGUAAUUGAGGAGCAGCACAAAGAGAUCCAUCAGAAAAAGGAUGAAGAGGAGGAACCCAAAGCUGCAGGUGAUGCUGCAGCUGAUGCAGGUGAAAUAGUUCAGCAGAAGCAGAACGACAAAGCGGAUGGAGACGGACAGGUGAAAGCCGCAGAACAGUUCUCAGACAACCACCAGGAACCUGAGAAUGCAGCUCCUGUAGCUGAGGCCCAAAUGCAACCAGCGAAAGACCCGAUUAUAAAAAGCGAUUUGGAAGAAGCAGCAGAGAGCAAAAAGAAUGCUGCGCCUCUUAACCCAGCACAAGACGAAGUCAAACAGGAGAAACAGCCUCCGCAGGUUGCAGUGCAUGGAGAUGGUAACAACCAGAAAGAACUUGGGGCACGAGGGGUGCCAUUGCGCCAGCAUCAGCUUGACCCUCCUAAACAUAAGCUGGACGAGCUUCAAUCAGAUGAUAUCGCCAAGGAGGAAGAGCGAGUAAGACAAAGGUUAGCCCAGCUGGAAGCUGAGAAAGAACAUCUUGAAAAGGAGAGAUUGGAGAAGGAGAGGCUCGAGAAGGAAAGACUGGAGAAGGACAGGCUCGAGAAGGACAGGCUCGAGAAGGACAGGCUCGAGAAGGACAGGCUCGAGAAGGACAGGCUCGAGAAGGACAGGCUCGAGAAGGACAGGCUCGAGAAGGACAGGCUCGAGAAGGACAGGCUCGAGAAGGAGAGGCUCGAGAAGGAAAGAUUGGAGAAGGAGAGGCUCGAGAAGGAGAGGCUCGAGAAGGAAAGAUUGGAGAAGGAGAGGCUCGAGAAGGAGAGGCUCGAGAAAGAGAGGGUGGAAGCAGAGAGGUUGAAAAAUGAGAAGGCCAGGCUUGAUGAAGAAAUUGCAAAGCAGGCUGAGCAGGAGCAGAAGUUGAUGGAGCAGAGGGAAAAAUUGGUCCAGAUGCAGAACGUAAUCGACAGACGAAACAACGAUCAGAAUGACGUCAUCCAUAAAGAGAAGCAAGUUCCACAACCUGUGAAGAAAGGAGGUAGGGACUUAAAGGUGAAUUUGGGUACUCAAGAAGAGGGGCCUCAGAAAGAACACAAGAGUAGGGAGGAAGGAGAGAUGGACCUGAGGAGGCGACGCAGGGAUCUGGGGGCUGGUGAGAGACAAGUGCCUGGACUGGAACCACUGCUGGAGCUGGGCGGGUCAGACCUCCAUGUAGCACUCGAAGCUCAGCUGCUGGCUGGAGCUAUAGUUCAUUCCCGCCAGAUUAAACAGACUUCACAUGAGCAGAACAAAGAUGAGUAGUUUUCCAGAUUUCUAGCUUUCUUGGGACUCUGUGCUACAGAAAUCUGCCUUUCGUAACAGUGAUCUAAAAGAAAAUGGUUGGCUUUUAAUCUCUUAUCCAAAUCGACUUGUUAAAGAUUUCUGUAAACUAAGGAUUAAUGCCAAGGUGCAUCGGGAAGGUCAGUGUAAAGGUCACUGUUGAUUUGCAUCCAUGUACAUGGUCUUUAGAUCUUCUACAUUCAUCCUAAAGGUUGAAGUGGGUCCAUUAUAAAUCUCUUCAAAGCAGCAGGUCAAUUCUGAGCGAUUAAACUGCCCAAGUUUCCAUAAACAUCUUUAACAUCAUGAAAAUGAUAAUACUGUCUGAUCCUAUACUUUUAUGUGUAUGAGAGUUUACUCCCACUGAGUGUUUACUUCCACUUCUGGGUGUUUUUUCUAUAAAGUAAAGGCCAAAUGUUUUAGUGGAACAUGCACGCGCACACGCACACACGCACACACACGCACACGCACACACACGCACACGCACACACACGCACACACACCAGACCUGUUCUUUCUCUUCACAUUCAUUCCACUUCUGUGUAGUUUGGGUAGCAUUCAGUAAUAUCAGUCCACUUGAACUGUGUCCAGCAGUCCAUUAAUAUUGUGUUAUUUAUAUGAAGUCACGACACAAUCCAUUUCUGGUAUCGUGUCUGUAUUUGCAGGAUUCUAUUUGUUUGAGCUUACUUUAAAUAUCAGCUUUAAAAAAGGUAUUUAAACACAAAUGUGUGCACAAAGAAUUUGAAGAUGUACAACAUAAGGCCAAAAGUAGCUGGAGCCCUGACCAUCACACAUAUGUGGGCACAUAGUUCUAUAAAGUGUCCUUGUAUACUUAAGCAGUCUAAUUUGCCUUCACUGGAACUAAGAGGCCUGUACCUGUUCCAGCAUGACAAUGCUCCUGUGUAUAAAAUAAGGUCUAUGAAGAUACAGUGCCAAGAUUGGAGUGGAGGAAAUUACGUAAGUGGCCUGCAUGAGCCCUGAGUUCAACCCCACUGAACAUGUUUGGGAUGAACCAGAAUGACGACUGCACCCAGGCCAUGUUUGUCUAAAAUUAUCAUUGAUUUCACUCAUGUGUUUGUGGCUGAAUAGACAAAUGGGUUUAUAUGAAGAGUUGAAGUUGUUAUAACAGAAAAGGAGACUAGACAAGAACAAGAAAUGUGUUCAACCAGAAUGUAUGGGUAUGAUGGUCAGGUGUCCACAAACAUUUGGCUAGAUGACGUAGGUGAAUACUAGACUUAUCAUUUAUAAAACCCAGAUAAAGGACCAAACAUUGUUCAUGUUAAAGAACCCAAAUUGCCACCUUUUCUUUCUUGAUUACAUGAAAUGCUGUUAAACUUAGCUGGAGGUAAAGACUAAAGUUAUCCUGGCUCAUAAUGCUCCAUUCUGUGAUGAACGGUAAACGGUGACCAGAGCAUUUUCCUUAUAAUGAAUGUGUUGAUUUCUUUUAAAGGAGAACAGUCUUGGGGCUCAAGAUUUGAACAUGAAUAUUUGCAACUAUUGAGCACUUUGUUAAUGCUACAAUAAACCAAAAGAUUAUUGUCCAGGAAAGGGUUUCAUAGAAAUGUUUAUUUUUCUAGGCCUAUUAGAUUCUAAUUUAUUUUUCUCCUUUUUGGAGUGACUUUGUGUUUAAAAAAAAAAAAAGUUACAAGAGAAAACUGUCAGUAAUUAGUUCAAUUGUUGUUGGAUAUAUUUUUUUUCUAUGUAUAGAAAUACUAUAAAACAAAAUUUUGGACCAUUUUACAAAGCUUGAGUCAUGCCAGUGUAUAGAUUUAUCUGUGUGUGUUUCUCUUGUUCUACAUCCCUCACUCUUGCAUAGAAAUACUUAAUGUUUCUGUUUUCUUGUAGGAGACACGUUAAGAGUUUGCCGUUUUUGUUUCUUCAGUCUUUGCCUAUUUAGGUUUAUGGUUUGCUAAAUAUAAUAGUUGAUAUUGUGUUGUUCUGGCUUGCUUUCAGGGUUUAUUCUUUUAACAUAUCUCAUGUGUGUUUAUUGUUCAGGUGAGCUAAAGCUGGUUAAACUGUUGUCAAUUCUACAGCCUGUACAUUUACUGUACCAACCUGAACCUGGUGUUUCAGAGGUUUAAAGUUUUGAAAAUAUUCAAAUAAAUUGUGUUUUGCGGAGGAGGAUAUACAAAAGAAUGACCUACCAUCAUCUCUCAGGUGGUAAUUAAAUGAAAAUGCUUGUUAAUUUUGUUACAGCGAUGUAUUUUUCAGGUUUUAGUGCAGUUUAUUGGUUUGACAUUGGAAAACCACAACACCAGUUACAUUUUUUGCUUAUUAAACAAUGACCCAGUA